CGGCUGUUGUGUCGCGAUAGGUUUCCUUUCUUCUUCGGGAGCCGUCGGCCGCUUCCGGUUACAUGACGACGACGGCGUUUAUACAAAAAGAGAGAAGGAAAACACAAGGAAAAACACCUUUCUUGGCGAGAACAGCGGAAACUUAAUACAAAUCGCCGGAUUGCUGUUAAUGGAUUGCUUAUGUGUCAGCAUAACUAACGACUGCUGACAAGUUAGCUUGGCUGGAAAACGUAUGAGCAGUGCAAGAUCGCAGAUAUUUGGAGUUUAUUGUUCUUCGCCUGCUUCCUCCAGCUAGGCUAUUUCUGUGUUGCUGUACGCUACAUAGCCAAGCUAGCUAACGCUGGAUGCCAACACGGUGUGUGCUCCUGGUUGUCAGUUAGCGAGCGGUUAGAAAGGAAAGGAAACCGCGCUGUUAAUCGCUUUACCGCUGGACUCCGCUAUCCGCUUCUAGCUCGUUGGCUUUAGUUGGGCGAGAAUGGCAACUACGGCAUUGUACGCCUGUACGAAGUGUAACCAGCGGUACCCCUUCGAGGAGCUGUCGCAGGGCCAACAGCUGUGCAAGGAGUGUCGCAUCGCUCACCCAAUAGUGAAGUGCACAUACUGCAGAUCUGAGUUUCAGCAGGAAAGUAAAACAAAUACAAUCUGCAAGAAAUGUGCCCAGAACGUCAAACAGUUUGGAACGCCCAAACCUUGCCAGUACUGUAACAUUAUUGCAGCUUUUAUCGGGACAAAGUGCCAGCGUUGUACUAACUCAGAGAAAAAAUAUGGACCUCCACAGACCUGCGAACAAUGCAAACAGCAAUGCGCCUUUGACCGUAAGGAAGAGGGGAGGAGAAAGGUGGAUGGGAAACUUCUGUGCUGGCUCUGUACGCUUUCCUACCGCCGUGUCCUGCAGAAGACUAAGGAGCAGAGGAAGGGCUUUGGUUCCUCCAACUCUUCAUCCCUGAAUGAGAAAGACCACCACUCCAGAUCGCACCAUCAUCAUCACCAUCACCAACACAGACACAGCAGUUCUCACCACAAGCUGAGUGGGAGCCUGAGUCCUGAACAGGAGCAGGGACUGUGGAAGCAGAGCCAUAAAUCGUCUUCAAUCCAAAAGGAGACUCCAAAGAAGAAACCAAAACUGGAGAUGAAGCCAUCCAACGGGGACAGUAGUUCCAUUACCCAGUCUAUGGAUUCAGGGGGAACGGACAACUUCAUUCUCAUCAGCCAGCUGAAGGAGGAAGUGAUGUCACUGAAGAGACUUCUGCAGCAGAGGGAUCAGACCAUCCUUGAGAAGGACCGAAAGCUCACAGAGCUCAAAGCAGACUUUCAGUACCAGGAGUCAAAUAUGAGAGUGAAGAUGAAUCAAAUGGAGAAAUCACACAAAGAAGCUAUGGAGCAACAGCAGGCUAAGAACAGGGAGUUGAUGAAGCAAGUGGCUGCGCUCUCCAAGGGAAAAAAGUUUGACCGGACAGGAAGUUCACUAUUGUUACCCUAACAAUAGGCCGGCCAGGGUGACAACACAGAGCGGCUUCAUUUUUUGUAACACUGUGAAAGUCUCUCUCCUGUGUUUCCUCAUUGCCAUCGACAUCAACUACUUCUAAAUUGGUAAAAAGCCAGAGACCAUGUUGUACAUGGAAGUGAAAUGUUAAAUCAAAGAAUCCUUCUUUCUCUAAUUAAAUAAAUCAAUGUAUUUUAGAUAUUUUCUGGCGGCUUUUCCACUGGAUCAUAGGAUAUGACUUUGGAUGUGGUGGAGGAUGGAGUCCUUUUUUUUUGUUUUUUGUUUUUUUUGUUUUAAUCCAACACUGCCGGGCCAAAACAAAAACCAUGGUGUGCAUACAGUAUGUGGAGAACGUUGUCAGUGCAGCCACUUAAUGUUUAUGGAUGUCAUGCAUUUUAUUUAUUCAACUGUAUUUCUUAGCUUUUUUUUUGUAUUUCCUCACAACAUACUAAGAGAAUAUCCCACAUUUUGGGGUUUUCUUCAAUAGUAAUUAGUUAUAUUUUUGUAAAUGGACACGAUUGUGGAAGACAGAUGCUCCUUAACGGAGACCAUGUGCAACUUUACAAUGUAUGCAAACGUGGAAAAGGCGACCACUGAGCUGCUGCUCGACAGUAGAGAAAUCUCUCGGUUAACGGUUCAUAAACAUAAAACCAACCAAUGAGCACUCAGAAAGGCCGUCUCUUGGCUGCCCAGUUACUCACUGUGUGACAGCUGUAGUGCUUUGCUGUUUCUCUUUAGUGGAACGAUUGUAAUACUGCAUGAUUUUACUGCCAGAUACCGGGUGGCUUUGUGGUCAGACUUUUUCUUCCCCUGCCCCUCUUUUAAUUAGUUUUUUAAGAGUCACUUGUAAAUGUAUCACCGGGGUCAGCCAAUGUAUUUAAACUAUUGCUUGUAUCUGUUUUAGUGAGUACAGUAUGUGUAUGGUAAGGCCAGUUGAAAUUAACAUGUCUGUAGAAGAUGCUUUUUAAACAAACACACCUAUCACCCUACAUUACUGGGCUGGUUUCAUACUGUGGUGUCCAGGAUCACUUUUGUACUUUUCCAAACCAAGUGUUUUAAAACUAUUAAAACUGGCUAAACUGUUA